ACUCAAGAUUAGAGCCAUUACCUUUGACUUAAAUUCCCCUAUCUGUCAACUGUCAUCUAGCAAUAUACUUGUUGAAAGUUGAAAUGAAACCAUCGAUCUCUCAGACAAAAAGAGAAUCAUCCAUAUCUACAAAGGCGGCACGAACACAAUAAUGAUUAGUUCCAAGAAAUUACUAUAAAAAAGUUACACAUUAAAUAGUAGAGUAGAUGCAACAUGCAAGUGUGUCUCUUUUUGGAAUGUAGUAUAUAUUUCUUUGUUCCUGAAGAUUAAGGAAACAAUGCUAUUGCCCUCAUCUAGUUUAUUUCCGUUAGCGAGCAAAUCUAAGCGUGUUUCUAAUCUCUAAUUCUUGUAUCAUGUUCAAUCCGAACAUUUAGCCGUUUCCAUCCCAAUGUGUAUAUACACAUGAAAGUGUGUCAUGGGCUCCAAAUUUCAAAACGGACUCUCAAUUAUUAAUUAGCAAUGGCUGCUUGUGAUUUCCAGUGCGUUGCAUUGCUGCUUAUAAUAAUAAUUCCUGUAAUUGCAAAUGCUGAGAGUCUAUUAUCUUUUAACUGCACCAACUUCACCCAAGGUCAUUGUGCUGAUGAACUAACCCUGCAAGGUGAUGCUAGUCACGCACAAUCUUCUAACGUUAUCGAACUCGCAGGAAGCAAAAAGAAUGCUUCAGGAUUUGGAAGAGUGGUAACAAAGGCAACACAUCUUAAGGUAAAUAAUUCAAGAUACGACUUCACCACAAACUUCUCCUUUCUUGUUUUCACAGAGGAUCCCACCUAUCCUGGAGAUGGUUUGGCAUUCUACAUAGCAAGCCCGAAACUCCCGAUCCAAGACCAUAUAGACGGCGGAGGCCUCGGCCUUGCCAAGUCUUACCACCACCUCCCAAGUGGUUACUCUUUUGUGGCUCUGGAGUUUGACACAUUCUCAAAUGGAUGGGAUCCAAGUGGUCCAUUCCCGCAUGUAGGACUAGAUCUCAAUUCUGUUGUUUCCAGCCUCUCUGAGACAUGGUUGGUAGAUUUUUCAGAGAGAAAUAAAGUGUUCAAUUGUAGUAUUGAGUACAACUCUGGAACCAAGCGUCUAGAUGCUUUCUUCACUGCAAGCUCCUUCAAUGGACCUGUAAAGAAGCAAUUUUCGUUUCCUUUGGAUCUCGAUGAGUUCAUACAAGAUCCUGUUACUAUUGGCAUAUCAGCUGCAGUUGCAGAAAAAAAUUAUACGGUGGGAUAUAGCUUGUUGUCAUGGUCAUUCAGUUCAACCUUACAUGUGCCGAGUAAUGCGGCCGGUUCCUUUCCUUACAAGGCACAUUUGGAGAAAGCACUAGAAAUAGGGAUUGGUUUCUUUCUGUGUUUAUUUGUUUUGGUAUUAGUCCUACUCCUCAUUUUGAUACGGAGGGGAGGGAAAAGAGAUCCUGAAUCCGCGUUUGAUCCGAUGGAUCAUGAAUUCCAAACGGGCACUGGACCACAGAGGAUCAGCUAUGACAGAUUGGUGUGUGCGACGGAUAACUUCCAAGAGGCGAAGAAGCUUGGAAGAGGCGGCUUUGGUGCUGUGUAUAAAGGAUAUUUCAAAGAUACAGACUCUUAUGCUGCUGUAAAGAAGAUAUCUGCAGAUUCAAAGCAGGGAUUAAAGGAAUAUGCAGCUGAAGUGAAGAUCAUUAGCCAAUUGAGACACAGGAAUUUGGUGAGACUUACUGGUUGGUGUCACAAGAAGAAUGACUUCGUCCUGAUAUAUGAGUACAUGCCGAAUGGAAGCUUGGAUUCUUUUCUUUUCCACGGAGUAGGCUUCUUGUCUUGGCAAGUAAGGUACAACAUAGCUUUGGGAUUGGCAUCGGCAUUGCUAUAUCUGCAAGAAGGGUGGGAAAAGUGUGUGCUUCACAGGGACAUUAAAUCAAGCAACAUAAUGUUGGACUCAGAUUUCAAUGCUAAACUUGGGGAUUUUGGAUUGGCCAGGCUUGUGGAUCAUGAGAAAGGUUCAAGGACCACAGUGACUGCUGGCACACUUGGUUACAUGGCACCAGAAUACAUGAAAACAGGAAAAGUUCGAAAGGAAUCUGAUAUAUACAGUUUUGGGGUGGUUUUGUUGGAGAUAGCAAGUGGCAAAAAGGUUAUGCACCACAUAGAAUUGGAGGGUCGUGUGACUCAAGUUUCAUUGGUAGAGUGGGUUUGGGAGCUGUAUGGGUUGAGAAACAUCACAGCAGCAGCAGAUCCAAAUCUAUGUGUUGCAUUUGAUGUUCAACAAAUGGAAUGUAUGCUUGUUGUUGGUCUUUGGUGUGCUCAUCCAGAUUGCAAAUGCAGGCCCUCUGUAAGGCAAGUGAUGAAAGUGCUUAACUUUGAUGCUUCUUUACCCAUUCUUCCAGAAAGAAUGCCUCUUUUACCCUAUCUCCCCUCAACCACAAAUGAACUCUUUUUAACUGCUGUUUCUUCGUUUUCUGGUACCUAAAUGUUAGUUGGAAAUCACUAGUAUGUUAUCAGUACUUUGAUUUUUAUCAAGUUUUGGAACCUUCACCUUAUGCAGUUAACUAACCUUAGU